AAUAAACAUGUCAAAGUUGUCAAAAACCUGUGUUGUAAUAUAACCUAAAAAUUGGUAAAUAUUUUGUAAAUAUUCAAACCCUUCUGUUUUCGCACAUUGUAAGUGGGUUUAUAUGUUGUGAUAAACAUACAGGCAAGUUUCUUAGCAUAAUCCUGUGAAAUAUAUCGCCGAAAUAGUGAACUAAACAGGAUGCCAGCACCGGACUUAUUAUCAAGCCAAGGCUUAAGGCUUGAUGGUCGCAGACCUAAUGAAUUACGACGAAUAAGAUGUAAACUAGGUGUAUUCACACAGCCUGACGGUAGUGCAUACUUAGAGCAGGGUAAUACGAAAGUUUUGGCUGCAGUUUAUGGACCUCAUCAGGCAUCUAAAUCCAAAUCUUCACCAGAUGGUGUUGUAGUGAACUGUCAAUACAGUAUGGCUACUUUCUCUACAGGAGAAAGAAAAAACCGUCCCCGAGGUGAUCGCAAGUCCCAGGAGAUGUCUCUGCACUUGAGGCAGGCUUUGACAGCUGCCAUCAAAACUGAGCUCUACCCUCGGUCACAGAUUGACAUCUAUGUAGAAGUUUUACAGGCAGACGGCGGCGCCUACUGCGCGGGCGUAAACGCGUCAACCCUAGCGCUGAUCGACGCUGGCAUCCCGUUACGCGCGUGCGCCGUCGCCUGCAGCGCCUCCAUGGCGGGCCGCGGCGGGCAGCCGCUGGCCGACGUCGGCCACGUGGAGGAGGCCAACGGCGGCGUGGUGCUCACCGUCGCCGCGCUGCCCAGCACCGGCAACAUAGCCUUACUGGAGAUGUCGCAUCGCCUUCACAUGGACUACUUUGACGUCGUGCUGAGCAGAGCGAUGCAGGGCUGUCGCGACAUUGAGGUGAUAUUGGACAAAGCUGUGAGAGAACAUCUGGCAGAAGGCUGGACGAAACAAGACGUGGUGACCAUUUGAAAUAAAUUUGUAUUUUCUAUCAAA